AUGUGGUUCCUUCAUGUGGCUAACGUGUACAUCAGCUACUUGGGUCUUUGGACCUAUUUCUUCCUCUGGGUCCUAAGGAGGUUCAGUAUCACUGACUUUGAGUUCACAACAAACUAUCACCCAUGUGAACUGUUGCUCAAUGGAGCUGAAGCCUUCCCAGUGCUGGUGAGCACCAAUGGGCAAGUGCUAAUUGCAACAUCUUGUUAUGGGAAGGGCCGGACGGUGGUUGUUUCCCAUGAAGGAAUCUUGAAGGACUCCAAGUUUUCCCAGUUCCUCAGAAAUGCUGUGGAGUGGCUCAGGCCUUCCCCCGAGGCCCUGGUUGGGGUCCAUCCUCAUUUGGAUUCCCUCUCCCAGCUGCUGCUCAGAGCUGGCACCAAAGUACAAGCUGGGGCAGAGCUUAGCCCCUCCCUGGGGGUGUACUGUAUGGACGCCUAUGACAGCACGCAAGCGAAAGACCUGGUUGGCUUUGUAAAGGGAGGUGGAGGGCUGCUCAUGGGAGGCCAAGCCUGGCACUGGGCUAGUCAACAUGGCAAGGAGAAGGUGUUGUUUGAAUUCCCUGGGAACCAGGUGACCAGCGUAGCUGGCGUGUACUUCACAGGCAGUGAGGGAGAGACUGACACUUUCUCAGUGUCCAAAGAAAUGCUGAGGAUUCCUCUGAUCACCCAGACUGAGCUCUGCAGUGCCUGCAUCCCUGCCUACAUGCCUCUGCCCGGGUGCUGCUGCAGAGAUCCCCCAGAUCACGAGAAGAUAGUAGUGUCCCCCUCCCAUCUACUCAUCCAUGGUACAUUAGCAUCUCCCAUUGCUGUGAAUGACCACCAUCAGGCAUUCCCUGCAGCUGCACACUAUGGCAGGGGCCAUGUCGUGGUUCUCAUUCGUGAAAACUUUUUCCAAACAUUAGCAAUGAAAACCUUUAUCCUCAAUGCCAUUAGUUGGCUUGGUGCUGGGAAGAGAGGACAAGUUGGUAUUGCUGGUCCAGAAGCAUGGAGAAGCACUAUUCAGCCCAGAAGAAUAGCCACUCUGCAUUUUCCUGCUACUGCUGUUGCAGCUAACCUGGAGGUGCAGAUUGGCUGUCACACUGAUAACCUCAGCUAUGCUGCAGAGCUGAAGUGGCCUGCCUUGGCAGUAAAGAAGUUCAAAGUUGAAAAAAACCACCAUGGAAGUUGGAUGCAUGCUGGCUACCCAGUCAUGCAUCAUUUGGAGUCAGUGACAGAGAUGGUAGAUGUGCAGUCUCUACAAGCCAAUGCUUGGGGUGCCAUUCAUGAGCUGGACCACAAUCAGAAGCAAUCUGAAUGGGAGUUUCCCCCUCACACAAGUGAAGUCACCCGCAAUCUCUGGUCUGUUUAUAUAAAUGAGACUGUGUUGGGCAUCCCGAGAGCUAAGGCCCACAAUGCACUUGCACUACAACUUAGAAAGAAGAAGAUUCAAGAUUACAUUGAAAAUGGAGCACAGCUGAAGGACUGAGAAGUAUUUGCUGCCCUGGAGACAUACCUGCAGCUGCAAAAGGCCUUUGGAUGGAAAGCCCUCCCUGAAAUCUUUUCUGAAUAUCAAAAUAUAGCUGAGCUCCUGGAUGAUAAUAACUCAAAAAUGAAUCUAUAGGCAGAAACCUUUUCUUGUCUCGUGAAGAAGAAUUUGGCUCCUUUCUAUAAAGCCUGA